AGCGCCCGCCGUCCGCUCCCGGCUCCCCGGGACUGAGGCGGAGCCGAGGACGCCGGCCGGGACGCGGCGCAGCGGCCACCUCCUCUGCGCGCGCGCUCGGGGUCGGCGUGGGUGUCGGGGAGGUCAGUGGUAGAGUACAAAGUUUAAUGAAAAAUCCAUGCCUACGGGGUGAAAAUGGCAGGCUUCCUUGAUAAUUUCCGCUGGCCAGAAUGCGAAUGCAUUGACUGGAGCGAGAGGCGAAACGCCGUGGCUUCUGUGGUGGCGGGCAUAUUGUUUUUUACAGGUUGGUGGAUAAUGAUCGACGCGGCCGUGGUGUACCCUAAGCCAGAGCAGCUGAACCAUGCCUUUCACACGUGUGGCGUGUUCUCCACCUUGGCUUUCUUCAUGAUAAAUGCUGUGUCCAAUGCUCAGGUGCGGGGGGACAGCUAUGAAAGCGGCUGCUUGGGAAGAACAGGUGCUCGAGUUUGGCUCUUCAUUGGUUUCAUGUUGAUGUUCGGGUCACUUAUUGCUUCCAUGUGGAUUCUUUUUGGUGCAUAUGUCACCCAAAAUACCGAUGUUUAUCCAGGACUAGCUGUGUUUUUUCAAAAUGCACUUAUAUUUUUUAGUACUCUGAUCUACAAAUUUGGAAGAACUGAAGAGCUGUGGACCUGAGAACACAUCUUAGAUCACAUUUCCUUCUGUUUUGUUAUAUUUGUAGAUAAGUUUUUCUCUCUCAACAUAAUUUACACAUUGCCAAAUGGGAUAGUUUGUACAUUAAAUGUUUCGUUUCUUUACACUUUUAUGCUCUGAGUUUGGAGAUAGUUUUAUGAGGUUUCUGUCCUUUUUUAAAAUCAUUGAAUAGAUUGUUAAUAUGUACAUAAUGCAAAACCAUAUAGAUGGCAUGAUGAGUGUCAGUUUUUUAUUCCUGAAGACUUAAAGCUUCAUCUGUUCCCUGAGCCAGGGUUGUAUCUUCAUGUCAUUUUAGAGUUAACUGUUUUGUUUUAGUAUCUUUAAUUUCUGAAGAUGUACAAAACACACACACACACACAACCACAGCUCCAUGUAUCUGAAACAAGCACUGAGCCAGGAACAAGGGUAUUUCAGCAAGUUGUAAUUUAUUUUGGCUUAAAAAUGAGAUUUUUUUUUAAAGGAAAAAUGUUUGUUAUGUAUUAAAGAAGUGGACUUUUAUAUGAAGAUUUUUUAAAUGCCUGAAGGACUAGUUUGAAAGCCUCUUUUAAAAACGAUUUCUCUAACAUGACUUUAUGCGGAAGGAGAGAAUUCACGAUCAGAUACGCUCGGUUUUACAUGGCCAAUGUGAAAAGGCUGUAGGGCAGCUCAGCAACGGGCUUUCUUAUGAAAGCCACGCCGCGGUCUGUCCCAUGGGGUUCUCUUGGCGGGCUGCCAUUAGCUGACCUUACAAAAUUCAGCAUCAAGCAAGUUUGAGACAACUGCAGUUUAGAAGCAAGAACCAUAUAACAAAAACUGGAAUAAUUUGUUUUGAGAUAAAGCACUUCUACCCGAAGGGAAUUAUUAGGACCUAGUGAAAAAUGAGGCAUUUCCUCCUCUUCAUUCCCAACUGCAGGUGUCUCUUUGUGCUAGCUCUUAGACUUUGGGUGAAUUCUGCCUGCAAAAUAUACCUUUAACCCGAAAGUCCGUAAUUCCAGUCCAAACCUCCUUUUGCUGAGUUGGAACCACUGUUUGUGCACCAUGUGUAUGCCUACAAGAGACAAGGCGGCAAAGGGAUGGUUGGGUCCUUGUUGCUACUUUUGCUUUCCUUGGUUACACAGGCUUUGUGUUGUACUUUCUUCCUCCAGAGGGAUCUUAUAGCACCUUUUGUUGUAAGACCGACUACUAGCUGUGCUAUUAACAUGCAGCUCCUAACGCAAGCCUUGUCUUGCUCGGUCCUCUCUGCUCUCUGAGAGGAUCUCCCGCGCACAGAGUAUGAAGCGACGGUGGAACGCUGUGCCUUUGCCCAGACACCUUCUUGUUUCAUGACGUUUUCCUUUGUUGUUGUUUUUCCCUGCAAAUGUCAGUAAACUUUGUCUUGCCUCCCAACAACUUGUAAGACUGAUUACUGGUGGCUGUUCCUUUGUAACGUGUUGCAAUAAAUAUUACUUACCACACAUCCCAA